AUGGUGGUGAGCUGCAGAGUGGAGUCUGUAUCUGUCCUGAUGAGUGGACUGGAGAGACCUGUUCAGAGGGUACGUCCACACAAUUACAGUAUACAUAACCCUCGAUCUCACAUUCAGACACCACUCCACAAUUCCACACUACUAUACCUAACCCUGGAUCUCACAUUCAGACUAAACAACUACACUACUAUACCUAACCCUGGAUCUCACAUUCACAGCACACACUACUUCACUACUCCUAACCCUGGAUCUCACGUUCACAGUCCACAACACUAUUCCCUGGAUCUCACAUUCAGAAUAUAUAUUUCAUGUCUGCAGUCAUACAUUUGGUCCAUGUUGAAAUGCAUUUUACUUCGAUAGGGAAUUUCUGCAAUUCAUCCAUCAAUUAUGAAUUCUCCUUCCCAAGAACAACGGUUGGCUGGUCUGCUUAUUCAGAACAAUUGUGUGGUAAGGAUACAACCAGUGGUAUGUUACUUUUAUUCACCUAAAAUGACAAAAAUGUUACAGUCCUAAUUAAUGUUGUAUUAGGUAAAACAAAAUCUUGAGUAUCUAUUUGUCUUUGUUCCUCCAGCCGGUUUACCAGAAGCCUCAGCAAGAUGUUUGAAUGACACUGGCUCUCCGACGUUUGGUCCUCCUCACAAUCUGCAGUGUGAAUUAACCCUCAGUGGCAUUAAAGAAGUCGUAUGUCAAUAGGCAUAUGUUUUAUGAACCUGAUUUAUGACCAGUCUCGAUUUAUGACCAGUCUUAGGGUCAUUUACCUCAACCAACUCAACUACCUCGUAUCAAAAUACAUUGACUCGGUACCGGUACUCCUUGUAUAUAGCUUCAUUAUUUUUAUUUUAUUGUUACUAUUUCCUUGGGUGCUAAUUUUCAUAAUUUUUAACUCUGCAUUGUUGGGAAAGGGCUCGUAAGUAUGCAUUUCACUGUAAAGUCUACACCUGUUGUAUUCUGCUUAACAGUUAAUGAGGAUUUUAUUUUUAUUGUGUGUAACCUUACAUUUAGUCGUUUAGCAGACGCUCUUAUCCAGAGCAACUUACAGUAGUAAGUGCAUACAUUUUCCUACUCUUUCUUACUGGUCCCCCGUGGGAAUCAAACCUACAACCCUGGUGUUGCAAGCGCCUUGCUCUAACAACUGAGCCACAUAAUUAGUAUUGGCAAUUUUAAUAUCCCAAUGUACUCACAGUUCAGCAUGUUGCUGCCACUUAUACAACGUUCUGUUUAAAAACAAUACAAUACUAAAAUAAAUAAAAAUCAUUCUCUCUCCGUAUUCAGAUAUCCAGCAGUUCAGGUGAUUUAGCACAGCUAGCCUUCAGUACUCAGAUCCUGACCUCCCAACCAGAGCUGCUAUCAGCUGACAACAUCACCACAGCAGCUCAGAUAGCUAACACGCUGCUUCAGUCUGUAAAUAUCACAGAGGUAUAACAUGUUUUCAAAUCAAGUUGUGACUACGACAUGUUCUGGAGAUAAACGUGAGGUUGUUAUUACAGUGAUUUGAACACUUGAGGGUCAUUCCCUGGUUUUGAUCAUGUUGCAGGACAUCGCAGUGGCAGCUGUAACUACCAUCAGUCAGCUACUGAAUGCCAGGAAGGAGAGUGCAAAGGAGAGAGACGCUGUCCAGAGGUGUGUGUGUGUUUCUGCAUAUGUUUGAGUUUAUGUGUGUACGUGUGUGUCUGUGCGUGUCUGCAUGGGUGCAUGUAAACUAAUGUUUUUCUGUGUUUCUCUCCCAGCCUCACAGAGACCCUGGAGGAGUUUUCCCUGGACCAGCACAGUAACGUGUCCUUGGUGGUUCAGCCCAACCUGGUAGUCCAGUCUGUCCAAGUACCAAGUGACACAGUAGGGAUCCAGUUUACUGCUCUGACUGGUGGGUGGGACUGCUAGUGAACCUACAGUGUGUUUUUUAAAGUGAUAGUUUAUAUCUGUGUUGACAGACUGGUUCAACUAGUUGUAGAAGUAACAAUAUAUUGUGAUGUUUUAAAUUGCUAAAUCAAAUUAAUCUCGUUCUCCAGGAAGAUCUGGUAAUUUUGUGGCCAACAGAAUUCAUCUCAACACCAAUACCUCUGAACUGAUAGCUGACAACGGCGGUUCUACCGAUGUCCAGAUUGCUAUCAAAUUCUCACCAGGUGAGCCAAUGUUGGUAUACCAACAUGGUGUAUGAACUCAAGCUAUAAUUUUCUCUUACCGAUAACACAGAGAGCACUUAACUGCUGUUUGUGGUCUCCGAAAUCAGGUCAGCAAUGCCAAAUGUUUAGAUCACCAAUCUCUCUCUCUCUCUCUCUCUCUCUCUCUCUCUCUCUCUCUCUCUCUCUCUCUCUCUCUCUCUCUCUCUCUCUCUCUCUCUCUCUAUCUCUCUCUCUCUCUCUCUCUCUCUCUCUCUCUCUUUCUCCCUCACUCCACUCAGAUUUACGUAAUAAAAACACAAACUACUCCAUUGGUUUUGUGCUCUACCAAAACGACUGGUUCUUCAGGUCCAGGGCAUUCACAGCUUCUUCAGGAACCAGCAGAAGGGUAAUCUCUGCUAACCUGGGACAAGUGUCUGGGUUACAUGUUGAGAUGCUCUUCAAGCCUACAGUAAGAUUUAUCUUGGACUCAGUAAACACAUAGUGGUCCAAAUUCUCUGGGAAAUGUAAUGGGAAGUUUUCCAUGAUCUAAGUCACGUGUCAAACUCAUUCCACGGAGGGUCGAGUGGCUGUGGGUUCUUUCUCCUCUCUUGUCAGGAACUCCCCUCAUCUGAUUGUCUAGGUCUUCAAUUGAAAGGAAAAACCAAAAACCAGCAGACACUAGAAUGAGUUUGACACCCCUGAUCUAAGUUAUCCAUUUUACAGAGAGUUUAUUUCUGUUCUCACUUCUCAGGCUGUCUCCAAGGCCUCCCUCUAUGACUUUGCCUGCGUGUGGUGGAACUACACUUUGAAAGACUGGAGCACCUCUGGCUGCUCCAAAGUCAACCACUCAGAAGACGGCCUGCGAUGUUUCUGUAAUCACACCACUAACUUCGCUGUGCUUAUGGUGAGUAGCUAGCUGCCUUCAUCUCCCUUUAACUGACCACACUUUGACCUAUGGAAGGGGUUCCCAAACUUUUUUGGCCCACGUCACCAUCUGAAAACUCUCAUGACCCCAAACAUGUGAAUUAGCUUUUUUGUAAUUAAGAGCCUAUGUUUACUUUUUUAUUAUGACAGUUAAUUGCAAAACAUUCUAACAGUAUUUCUGAUUGUAUUCUCAACUCAUCAUCACAUACUUUUAAUGUGGGGCUAUGACAGUCAAUAGCAAAGUGGUCUGACAUAAUAUCUCUUAUCUCACCACCUCUAAUGAGAUGAUGAGAUCAGAGACAUGAUGCAUGUCACGUCAGAGCUUCUCAAAAUCAGGGGGUGUGGUUGACAGUGCCCACGUUAUCUCUGCUGUCACUUCCAACCUGGAUCGAUAUUUGGUUUUAAUGCAGACAAGUGCACUAAAUCCAGCCUCACACAGAUAUUAGCGGGCAAAGGGUACCAUGAGUUUUAAUGCUCGGAGGUAGACGGCAGGGUAUUCCCUUUGAGUGAGGAACCAAAAUGCGUUAUCUGCAGCAUUCGGUCAUAUGACGGCUCGAUCAGCUUUCGAUUUCACUUACAGGCAUGUCAACUGAGGCAGGAUCACAGUCAAACAGAUUUCUCUCCAAUAAGAAGUCUUUCCUCUGAAUCCACUGAUUCGGUCACUCACCUGUAGAAUGUUUUUGUAUUUCCCCACGCAUGCUUGCGUUCAGUUCGUUCAGUUUCCCAAAUAUGUCAGUUACAAAGGGAAGGAGACACAUUUUCUUUUCAUUACACAGAAAGUCAAGUCUUUUUUUUUUUUUUUUACCAUUCGUUACCAUGGAAUCUGUUUUUCUUCAGUAUAGCCAUGCAGCGCAUCCUCUGUACAGUUUCAUGCUUGAGAAUCGUGAGACAGAACAAUACGUCCUCGUGAAUACCAUCCCCCGACAGGUAGCGAAUGAAAGUAUAUGCAUGGGCAUCUCGGCCCUCACAACUAACGUCCAUUUGGAAAGCAAAAGCUGGGGAGUAUUUGAGUGGUUCAGAAGGUUUCAUUUGGAUUGCUAGCUAUAGCAUAAAUUCUUCAUUUUACAGUGUUAUCUGACAAAGGUAUUGAUUAGUGUUUCUGUGCCUUGGCCUCCCCACACCUUGUUUUCACCAUACCGAUUGUGGCGGUAAUAUUUCUGAAAUAGUGUGUGGUUUCAUUCUGUAGUGGGCCUAGCCAUUCACCUGGGAAUAGGGUGACCACAUGUCCCAGAUUGUGCAGGACAGUCCCGCAUUUUGGUCCUUUGUCCCGCAACCAAACAAUCAUGUCCCGCAUUUUAUCAACAAAUUCAAACGCCACCAAUUUAGAAAAAACUAUGAUUUGUCCAGUAUUUCAGUCAGACAUUCCAACUUGUUUCUUGCAGUCACGUUGCCCUUAUGAAAAAGUAUCAUAAGGAUGUGGUAGCCAUGGUGAUGUUAAACAGUUCUCCAAUCGUUGUUGAGAUGUGAUAUUCUUUGCAGCAGAAGAGGAGACAUAGGCCAAUGUCAUAGGCCUAUCGUCAACAAAUAUUUCUCAAAUCCUUUCAGGCUAAAUUCCUGCUAAACUUGGAGAGGACAGUUAAUUUCCACCUUGUUACGCACAGAUUGUAUAAAACAUCUAAUUGAUUGGCUGCAAGUUCAACAAUAUCUCAUAGUUAGGUCUCCUAACUACUUACAAAAAGCUAGAAAAGUAGGUAAAUAGCCACAUUAGACUGAAAGAUAUAAUCAUAGCAGUGGGAAGUAGAGUGCUGCAGCACCUCCUGAAAAAUCACAAUGACAAAAUAAUAAUAAUACAUAUUUUCAGUAAAGUAGUGCAUUGGGCCUUUACUAGUCCUGUAUUAGCAGACCGAUAUAACCGUUUUAUAGUGCGGGCAAAAAAAUAAAACAUGAAGAAUUAUCAUUCACAAUUGACAGCGAUGAUACAUUGGCCUAUUUUGGAAUUAGGUAUCGGGUAGGCUACACUGUCAGCGUUUGUGUAUUUUAAAUGUGGUCAUCUUAAGUGGGAAUGAUUCAAGUGCAAUGGUCAAGUAUGGCCUUUUCCCACGAUCUAAGGGCGCUCUCUGGUUGAAUUUUAUGUUUUAGGUUUGAAUAAUUUUAAUUUAGAUUUUUAAGGUUAACCACAUUACAAUGAUUUUGAGAUACAAAGACAAUAUUAUAAUAUUUUAUACAAAUUAUUGUAUAAAGCGAUCCCAUUUUCAUAUCAGGCGAAACCACAUCAGGUCGCGACCCCUAGUGUGGGAACCGCUGACCUAUAGUUUACCGCAGCAUAUCCAGACACAUGAGGGAGAUGACUUUAUACAGUAUGACUGUGACAAACUUAGUGUUUCAUUUUUCAUUUUUCUUUUCUUUCUACAGUCAUUCAGGAUGGAUUUUAAAUACGCUGAAGUGCUAAACUGGAUCACCAUAUUGGGAUGCUCCAUGUCCAUCAUAGGGUUGAGUUUAACAAUAACAUUCCAGAUCGCAACCAGGUAAGAUCCUACAGGGUUCCAGAACCAAUUCAACAUAUACAAUAACAUUCCAGAUGGUGUCCCGGUAAGAUCCUACAGGGUUACAGAACCAAUUCUAAAUAUACAAUAACAUUCCAGAUCGCAACCAAGUAAGAUCCUACAGGGUUCCAGAACCAAUUCUAAAUAUACAAUAACAUUCCAUAUGGUGACCCGGUAAGAUCCUACAUGGUUCCAGAACCAAUUCUAAAUAUACAAUAACAUUCCAGAUCGUGACCCGGUAAGAUCCUACAGUAUUCCAGAACCAAUUCAACAUAUACAAUAAUAUUCCAGAUGGUGACCCGGUAAGAUCCUAAAGGGUUCCAGAACCAAUUCUAAAUAUACAAUAACAUUCCAGAUCGCAACCAAGUAAGAUCCUACAGGGUUCCAGAACCAAUUCUAAAUAUACAAUAACAUUCCAGAUCGCAACCAAGUAAGAUCCUACAGGGUUCCAGAACCAAUUCUAAAUAUACAAUAACAUUCCAUAUGGUGACCCGGUAAGAUCCUACAUGGUUCCAGAACCAAUUCUAAAUAUACAAUAACAUUCCAGAUCGUGACCCGGUAAGAUCCUACAGUAUUCCAGAACCAAUUCAACAUAUACAAUAAUAUUCCAGAUGGUGACCCGGUAAGAUCCUAAAGGGUUCCAGAACCAAUUCUAAAUAUACAAUAACAUUCCAGAUCGCAACCAAGUAAGAUCCUACAGGGUUCCAGAACCAAUUCUAAAUAUACAAUAACAUUCCAUAUGGUGACCCGGUAAGAUCCUACAUGGUUCCAGAACCAAUUCUAAAUAUACAAUAACAUUCCAGAUCGUGACCCAGUAAGAUCCUACAGUAUUCCAGAACCAAUUCAACAUAUACAAUAAUAUUCCAUAUGGUGACCUGGUAAGAUCCUACAUGGUUCCAGAACCAGUUCAAAAUAUUGGGUGCAUCUCAAUAGUGUAAAGAAGCCCUUUGAUCCAACACGACUUGAUAGGUGAAAUCAAUAUGAAACCCACUAUUAAUGAACCAACACAUCCAUAGCUACGCAUCUAACUUCCCUAACAUAGUGUUGUCUAUCACCUAUCCCCAGAAAAUCACGCAAAACCAACCCAACGGUCCUCUUAGUGAGCGUCUGCGUGUGUCUCCUGAUCUUCACCCUCCUCUGUCAUGAACCCUGCGUCCUGAGUCUGUUCCUGCCUGUGUUGCCGUUUUUUCUGCUCUGAAUCUCCUGUUUCCCGAAGGUGCCUGAACGCACCCUGUCCGGUUGCCGGGCGACAUUGCUAGGCGGGUGAUCUCUCGAUUACCCGCACCUGCUUCUCAUCAGCUUCGGCACACCUGGUCCUGAUCAUCACCCCUUCAUAAGCUCUGACCUGACAUCCAUUCCCUGCCGGAUCGUUAGCCAUAAACAGUAUGUUUUGCCAGCGUAUCAGCCUCUGAGUACUAGCGUUAGUUUUGUUGUUUUUUGCACCUUGUUGACCUGCCUUGUACUAACCUCCGUUUUUUCUGUCUACAGUCAUUCUCCCGGAACCUUCACCCAACCCCUGCCGUGCCAUCAGUUCAUCUGCCACUUCACCACCACCUACUCAUAUCCGCCACCCGCUCCGUCUCCUGGACUAUUCUGCAUCUUUUUAUCUGUAAAUAAACACUCACAUUCGUUCAACUCACCUUGUCCUGGUCUGCUUCUGGGUUCGGUCUUAGAGAACCGUGACAGAACGAUCCGGCCAUAAAUGAACCCAGCGGACCUGGACUCUGUUCGCCAUGCCAUUACCCUUCAGGAGAUGAUGUUGGGACAACACAGCACGGCGCUACAGGAGAUAGCGUUAUCGGUUCGGAACUUUUCUACCAGUCUGACGAAGAUCCAGGCUCAGCUCAGUUUGCCGGUGGAGAAUCCACCACCGGUUUUCACCUCUCUCGCCUGCCGCUUCUGGAGCUGUGCCCUUCCGUGAGCCCAAGGUUCCGACGCCUGAGAAGUAUGAAGGGGAUUUGGGAAGAUGCCGUUCCUUUCUUAUGCAGUGUGGAUUAGUGUUCGAUCUACAGCCCCACUCUUACGCCACAGACAAGGCUAGGAUAGCCUUUGUUAUUCAAUUGCUGCGUGGUAGAGCCCUGGAGUGGGCUUCAGCCGUAUGGGAACGACAGGACACCUGCAUGGCGUCAUACCAGCAGUUCACGGCAGAGAUGAGGAAGCUGUUUGACCAUCCAGUCCGAGGUAAGGACGCAGCUAAGCGCCUGUUUUCUCUUCGCCAAGGAACUCGCAGCGUUGCCGACUUCGUAAUCGAAUUCAGGACAUUGGCUGUGGAGAGUGGGUGGAAUGAGGAGUCACUGCAAGCAGCCUUUUACCAGGGGCUGUCGGAGCAACUCAAGGAUGAGUUGAUCUCCUAUCCGGAGCCUAGUGACCUGGACAGUUUGGUAGCUUUGUCUAUUCGGGUGGAUAACAGAGUUCGAGAGAGAAGGAGGGAGAAGCAAUGGGGCCCGUCCAAUCAAUCAGCUUCUCAGUUUCCAGUCGGGUCAGGAGGUGGACCAGAAUGCGUCGAUCAUUGUCCACCACACGGGAUUAGUGGAGAGGUCCUGCCUCCAGAUUCUGAACCCAUGCAAGUGGGGCGGCACGGGUUAACCAAGGAGGAGUGCCAACAUAGACGUAAGACCAACCGCUGCCUCUACUGUGGCAGUUCGGGACAUUACAUCUCCACUUGUUCCCAGCGGCCGUCAAACUGCUCGGCUCGCUAAAGUUGGGAAGACUUUUAGCGAGCCAGUUUCAACCUCUCAAUUCCCCUGUCAGACCCCGUUUCCCGGCUACCCUCAUGAACAGGAAUCAGAGUUUAGCGAUUAACGCUUUUGUCGAUUCAGGUGCUGAUGGAAGCUUUAUUGAUGCCGACGUGGUGGAACAGCUGGGGCUUUCCAAGGAGCGAUUACCGGAAGCCAUUGAAGCUACCACUCUGAACGGCAGUAGUCUGGCACGUAUCACGAUGAGGACUGAACCGGUUAAGAUGCUGUUGUCAGGGAAUCAUUCUGAGGUUAUCUCAUUCUUCAUUCUGCCUUCUUCCCAUGUUCCUCUGGUCCUUGGAUACCCCUGGCUGAAAGAACACAAUCCCACGUUCGAUUGGGUGACUGGCAAGGUAACUAGUUGGAGCAUUGAUUGUCAUGCUAACUGCCUCAAGACUGCCUGUUCCCAUUCUGUUCCCAGUCAGGUGAUUGAGGCUAACCCCCCAGAUUUGUCCCUGGUUCCCGAGACAUAUCACGAUUUGGGGGAAGUGUUCAGUAAGCAGAGGGCUCUGUCACUCCCUCCCCACCGACCAUAUGAUUGUGCCAUAAACCUGUUCCCUGGAGCUGCCUAUCCCAAGGGAUGGUUAUACAGCAUCUCCCGACCUGAACGUGAGGCUUUGGAGACCUACAUAAAGGAGUCCCUAGCUGCUGGUCUCAUUCGUCCCUCGUCAUCACCCCUGGGGGCAGGAUUCUUCUUUGUGAGUAAAAAGGAUGGCUCUCUUCGACCUUGUAUUGAUUAUCGGGGGUUGAAUGAUAUCACGGUCAAGAACAAGUAUCCCCUGCCCUUGAUGAGCUCUGCUUUCGACUCCUUACAGGGUGCUACUGUGUUCACCAAGCUGGACCUACGCAAUGCGUAUCAUCUGGUCCGGAUCAGAGAGGGGGACGAGUGGCUGACUGGUUUCAAUACACUGAUGGGUCAUUUCGAGUAUCAGGUGAUGCCGUUUGGACUGACCAAUGCCCCAGCAGUGUUCCAGAGUAUGGUGAAUGACGUCCUGAGAGAUAUGAUCGGUCUUUUUGUGUUCGUUUACCUGGAUGACAUUCUUAUCUUCUCGAAGGAUCCUUCCAGCCACGUCCAGCAUGUCAAGCAGGUUCUGCAGCGAUUGCUGGAGAAUCGCCUGUUUGUGAAGGCCGAGAAGUGUACAUUUCAUGCCCACACUACAUCCUUCCUCGGGUACAUCAUCUCCAGGGGAGAGAUUAAGAUGGACCAAGAGAAGGUUAGGGCGGUUCUGGAUUGGGCCCAGCCCGGUACGAGAUUGCAGCUCCAGAGGUUUCUGGGGUUUGCGAAUUUCUAUCGGAGAUUUAUCCGUGAUUACAGCCGUGUGGCCGCUCCUUUAACUGCCCUGACUUCUAGUACCAGAACCUUCAGUUGGAAUCUUGAGGCGGACCGAGCAUUUCUGGAUUUGAAGAGGCGAUUCACCAACGCUCCGAUUCUCUCUCAACCUGACACUGCCCGUCAGUUUGUCAUUGAAGUGGAUGCGUCUGAUGUGGGGGUUGGCGCCAUCCUGUCCCAGCGAUGCUCCACUGACGGUAAACUCCAUCCCUGCGCCUACUACUCUCGUCGUCUUUUGUCUACGGAGAGGAACUACGAUGUGGGUAACCGGGAGCUUCUCGCGGUGAAACUUGCCUUGGAGGAGUGGCGCCACUGGUUGGAGGGGGCGGAGCAACCGUUUGAUGUCUGGACUGACCACAAGAAUCUUGCUUACGUGCAAUCGGCUAAACGUCUCAACUCCCGUCAGGCCAGGUGGUCGUUGUUUUUUGGACGCUUUAAUUUUUCCUUGACGUUCCGACCAGGGUCUAAGAACGGCAAGGCGGACGCCUUGUCCCGGAUGUUCUCCAAGAGGGAGGAGAGUGGGGCCAAGACUGAGAUGAUUCUUCCCCGGAACCUUGUCGUGGGAGCCGUUAUGUGGAGGAUUGAGGAGGAGGUUAUGGCGGCCCUUCGGACGCAGCCCGGCCCCGGUAACGGUCCACCCGGUCGGGUUGUUUGUGCCUGAGUCAGUUCGUUCGGCUGUCCUCCAAUGGUCCCACGCCAGCAAGAUGGCUUGUCACCCUGGCGUGGCUCGGACGAUGGCGCUUCUACGCAGACGAUUUUGGUGGCCUGCCAUGGGAGAAGAUACUCAGAGGUUUGUUGCUGCCUGUCCAGUUUGUGCGCAGAACAAGAGUGCCAAUCGGCCCAGCUCUGGACUUCUUCACCCCCUACCGAUCCCCCGGCGACCAUGGUCGCAUCUGGCCCUGGACUUUGUCACUGGGUUGCCCUCUUCUGAGGGGAACACGGUCAUUCUGACUAUUGUGGACCGAUUCAGCAAGUUCGCCCACUUUGUGCCCAUCUCCAAGCUUCCCUCUGCCUCUGAGACGUCCAAGAUCCUGGUUAGGGAGGUUUUCAGGGUCCAUGGAUUGCCCAGUGACAUAGUUUCCGACCGUGGCCCUCAGUUCACCUCUGCUGUCUGGAAAUCCUUCUGUUUGGCCAUUGGAGCUACAGUCAGUCUCACAUCUGGAUUUCACCCCCAAUCUAAUGGACAGGCGGAGAGAGCCAACCAGAAGAUGGAAUCCACGCUGCGCUGCCUUGUUUCCUCCAACCCCACCUCUUGGGCCUCUCAGUUGCCUUGGGUUGAGAAUGCUCACAAUACUCUCCCUACUUCUGCCACUGGGAUGUCUCCCUUCCAGUGCCUAUACGGCUACCAACCCCCCUUGUUUCCUUCUCAGGAGAAAGAUCUCUCGGUUCCCUCUGUCCAGGCCCACAUUCGUCGUUGCCACCGGACCUGGCAUUGGGCCAGAAAGGCCCUCCUUAGAGUUUCUGACCGGUAUCAGCUCCAGGCGAAUCGUCGCCGUAUUCCAGCCCCCGCUUAUGCAAUCGGAGAUAGGGUCUGGUUGGCUACACGGGACCUUCCUCUGCGGACUGAGUCAAGGAAACUGUCGCUGAGGUUCAUUGGUCCGUUUGUGGUGGAGAGAGUGAUUAAUCCUGUUGUGGUUCGACUCAAGUUGCCUAGUACGCUCAGAGUCCAUCCCACCUUCCAUGUCUCCUGCCUCAAGCCUGUUCUCCUCAGCCCUCUGUUGCCCCCUCCACCUCCUCCUCCUCCUCCUCGGAUGAUCGGAGGAGGUCCUGUCUACACGGUGCACCGCAUCAUGGAUUCCAGACGGCGGGGCCGGGGUUCCAGUAUCUCGUGGACUGGGAGGGGUAUGGUCCUGAGGAGAGGAGUUGGAUUCCUCGGCGUCAGAUCCUUGAUGCUGACCUCCUUCGUGACUUCUACCGCCUCCAUCCUGGUGCUCCGGGUAGUCCGCCCAGUGGCGUUCGUCGGAGGGGGGGUACUGUCAUGCACCCUGCAUCCUGAGUCUGUUCCUGCCUGUGUUGCCGUUUUUCUGCUCUGAAUCUACUGUUUCCUGAAGGUGCCUGAACGCACCAUGUCCGGUUGCCGGGCGACGUUGCUAGGCGGGUGAUCUCUCGAUUACCCGCACCUGCUUCUCAUCAGCUUCGGCACACCUGGUCCUGAUCAUCACCCCUUCAUAAGCUCUGACCUGACAUCCAUUCCCUGCCGGAUCGUUAGCCAUAAACAGUAUGUUUUGCCAGCGUAUCAGCCUCUGAGUACUAGCGUUAGUUUUGUUGUUUUUUGCACCUUGUUGACCUGCCUUGUACUUACCUCAGUUUUUUCUGUCUACAGUCAUUCUCCUGGAACCUUCACCCAACCCCUGCCGUGCCAUCAGUUCAUCUGCCACUUCACCACCACCUACUCAUAUCCGCCACCCGCUCCGUCUCCUGGACUAUUCUGCAUCUUUUUAUCUGUAAAUAAACACUCACAUUUGUUCAACUCACCUUGUCCUGGUCUGCUUCUGGGUUCGGUCUUAGAGAACCGUGACAUCCUCUUCAUGUUGGGAGUGGACAACCCUCAUAAACAGCUGGAGAAACCUGAAAUACAGGAGGACAACAUUCUCCCCUCGUCCGACACACACACAGAGCGGGACAGAGGCCCCUGUACUGCAGUCACAGUCCUGCUGCAGUACUUCCUGUUGGGGACGUUCACCUGGAACACGCUGUACGCCACACAUGUCUUCCUGAUGAUCAGAAACAGCCUGGCCACCAGCCCGUCACACUUCACAGCCUGUACCGUGGCCAUCGGAUGGGGUAGGACAGCUUGGAGAAAAAUAAAAUAUUUAGUUGUUUCAGAAGCUUUGGCUGGCAUUAGCCCUGGGCUCCUUGAACCAAAACGAAUGCUAGGUUAUAUUUUAUUUAGCUUAAAAUAGAACUUCAAAGCGACUUGUAUAGUGAUGUUAUGCGUUUAGAGGAUGUAUGUGUAGUAUAUAAUCUGUAUAUGUCUGCAUGCUAAUCUAGCAGGAAAUAACAACAACAUUCUCUGUCCUUUAGGACUGCCUGCGGUUGUGGUGGCCCUCACCUUAGGAAUUAGUUACAGAGUGGAUGAUCCACUGGGUUACAGGCAGGAGGAAUUGUGAGUCAAUACUGUACUAUACUACUACUGUAUUACUUCUCUGUACUGUAUUGUAUUGUACUAUACUAUACUGUACUUGAGCGACCCGGCUCAACAUACAGUGAGGGGAAAAAAGUAUUUGAUCCCCUGCUGAUUUUGUAUGUUUGCCCACUGACAAAGAAAUGAUCAGUCUAUAAUUUUAAUUGUAGGUUUAUUUGAACAGUGAGAGACAAAAUAACAAAACAAAAAUCCAGAAAAACGCAUAUCAAAAAUGUUAUAAAUUGAUUUUCAUUUUAAUGAGGGAAAUAAGUAUUUGACCCCCUCUCAAUCAGAAAGAUUUCUGGCUCCCAGGUGUCUUUUAUACAGGUACCGAGCUAAGAUUAGGAGCACACUCUUAAAGGGAGUGCUCCUAAUUUCAGCUUGUUACCUGUAUAAAAGACACCUGUCCACAGAAGCAAUCAAUCAAUCAGAUUCCAAACUCUCCACCAUGGCCAAGACCAAGAGCUCUCCAAGGAUGUCAGGGACAAGAUUGUAGACCUACACAAGGCUGGAAUGGGCUACAAGACUAUCGCCAAGCAGCUUGGUGAGAAGGUGACACCAGUUGGUGCGAUUAUUCGCAAAUGGAAGAAACACAAAAGAACUGUCAAUCUCCCUCGGCCUGGGGCUCCAUGCAAGAUCUCACCUCGUGGAGUUGCAAUGAUCAUGAGAACGGUGAGGAAUCAGCCCAGAACUACACGGGAGGCAGCUGGGACCAUAGUCACCAAGAAAACAAUUGGUAACACACUACGCCGUGAAGGACUGAAAUCCUGCAGCGCCCGCAAGGUCCCCCUGCUCAAGAAAGCACAUAUACAGGCCCGUCUGAAGUUUGCCAAUGAACAUCUGAAUGAAUCAGAGGAGAACUGGGUGAAAGUGUUGUGGUCAGAUGAGACCAAAAUCGAACUCUUUGGCAUCAACUCAACUCGCCAUGUUUGGAGGAGGAUGAAUACUGCCUAUGAUCCCAAGAACACCAUCCCCACCGUCAAACAUGGAGGUGGAAACAUUAUGCUUUGGGGGUGUUUUUCUGCUAAGGGGACAGGACAACUUCACCGCAUCAAAGGGACGAUGGACGGGGCCAUGUACCGUCAAAUCUUGGGUGAGAACCUCCUUCCCUCAGCAAGGGCAUUGAAAAUGGGUCGUGGAUGGGUAUUCGAGCAUGACAAUGACCCAAAACACACGGCCAAGGCAACAAAGGAGUGGCUCAAGAAGAAGCACAUUAAGGUCCUGGAGUGGCCUAGCCAGUCUCCAGACCUUAAUCCCAUAGAAAAUCUGUGGAGGGAGCUGAAGGUUCGAGUUGCCAAACGUCAGCCUCGAAACCUUAAUGACUUGGAGAAGAUCUGCAAAGAGGAGUGGGACAAAAUCCCCCCUGAGAUGUGUGCAAACCUGGUGGCCAACUACAAGAAACGUCUGACCUUGUGAUUGCCAAAAAGGGUUUUGCCACCAAGUAGUAAGUCAUGUUUUGCAGAGGGGUCAAAUACUUAUUUCCCGCAUUAAAAUGCAAAUCAAUUUAUAACAUUUUUGACAUGUGUUUUUCUGGAUUUCUUUGUUGUUAUUCUGUCUCUCACUGUUCAAAUAAACCUACCAUUAAAAUUAUAGACUGAUCAUGUCUUUGUCAGUGGGCAAACAUACAAAAUCAGCAGGGGAUCAAAUACUUUUUUCCCUCACUGUAUUUCCUGGUUUGUGACCCACUGAUGCCACCCCCGGUGAGAGAGGAGUAAGGCAGUCCAAGAGUUAACACACACAGGAACUUUAUUCACACACAGGAGAAGAUGCACAUGGGGAUGAUUUUUGUAUUCACGCAUCCCAUGCACAUGUGUCUACGCUCUGACACUGGAAAAAACACAGUUCAGGCCCGGCUAAUACUGAUACGCUAGAAAGUCCAUGCAGCGGACCCGACUAGCCGACUGGGCUAGCUUGGAGAUUCUGACCAAUCACAGGGUGCAUGGUCAGUGCAUGGGCAGAGUGUGGGGUACAUGGAAGUGAUGGAUAUCGCUCACAUGAACUGAACUGAACUCUAUUGUAUUAUACUGUACUGUACUACCAAUAUACAUGUGGCCCAAUUGCUGUAUAAAAUGUUAUAACUCAUACUGUAAAAGGUUUUCCCUGUCAAUGUUCGUAUUACAUCCUUUUAACGAUGGCAACGAGCAAUUUAAAAAGUUGUAAAAAACUAAAAGAAUGAUCCAUGGUGUUGAAAGGUUUCUUGUUUACUUUUUACCACGUUAUUCAAAUCACUGGCAUCCUGUUUUGUCUAUCACAAAGUCCCACUCUCUAACUCAUUCAUUUGACCUCUCAGUUGCUGGCUUGCUGCCCUCGAUCCAAAGGGGAACUUUGACUUCAACCUGCCAAUGUUUUGGGGGUUCCUGAUCCCUGUGGCGUAAUUAACCAGGUAACAUUAAUGGGGGCAUUUUGGGGGCACAAAGUAGAACGUUGUAGUCAUUAAGAUCAGUCUUGAUUUAAAUGCUAAAUACUAUAAAUAAAUGUUAAAUACUAAUGAGCUUGUUAAUUUUGUAUUGUCUUUCAAUUAAAACUUUUUAUAUAUAAAAUGCAUGCUUUUUUUAUUAUUAAUUCAGUCAUUAGUAACCAAUUCAUACUAUUUAAUAAGCACCAUUCUCUAACCCACUCAGUGAUUGGAAGCAUACUGUUAUAUUACCACAGCAUUACAGCAGUCUAUGACCGCAGUCUAAGCAUGUUGGUUAUAUUUCCCAGUACAAGACACACAUUGAUGAAGAAGAAGUUCCUCAGUAGCUUUUCUCUGGCUGUGGUGCUCGGUCUCUCCUGGAUCCUGGGCUAUAUGUUGCUCAUUACACAGAACCAGACCAUGUACACCAUACUCAACAUCUCCUUCUGUGUACUCACCACCACUCAGGUAGUAAAUGUAUGCACUCACUACUGUAAGUCGCUCUGGAUAAGAGAGUCUGCUAAAUGACUCAAAUGUUAAAUAUAAAGACUAGUGUACUAUUGUACCACAGAAUCCAGACAUGAUUGAAAACUAGACACCUACUAAACAUUAAUAAAUUCUGCUGCUCUUUAUAGAAACGCUACCUUUUGUUUGUACGUGUGUGUUCCUGAAAAUACUUGAUAACGUCUUUGUGUUUUUGUUUUCGCUCCACAGGGCUUGCAGGUUUUCAUUCUGUUCACAGCAAGAACAGCAAUUGUCAAGAAAAAUAUGUCAAGUGCUUUGAAAUCUGUCUCUAGCGCUGGGAUCCCUCUUCACACCAAGAAGUUCAGUCUAUGGCGAGGCGAGCAAAGUGAAAAAGUAGAAUCAUACACACAGCAGGACACUGAUCUGUCAUUUCCACCUUGUUCCUCACAGACAUCUAACUGAUGGGCUGCAAGUUUAACCUCUGUUGGAAAAUAUCUCAUAUACCGCCACUAUUUCCUAUAAUAUACAGAAUAAUACACACCAUUUUGUAUCAAUGUAUUUUUACUGUAAAUUCCCUCAGAAGUUGUGUUGUCCAAGGAUUUUUGGGCUAUGCACAUAGUGUAUAUACAUACUGUAUGUGUUUUUUGAAAUAGAACUGUUUUGAAUAAAACUGUGAUUAUUCUCUUUGAAUCGAAUGUUUGUUUCAGUAUUUUUUGUGAGAAAUUACACUACUUUACACAAUAUCUCAGAAAAUAGCUUUAGACAGUGUAGCCUAGGGAUGUCAAACUACAUAAUUUCCCCUGCGGGCCACAUUCGAUCUUUACAGAGGCUGCACUUAAAAUGUAUGAACCUUUUACUGCAGUGGGCAAAAUCAGGGUCACACAGAGUGAUUCUUGGUUGGUAACAAAUCUACCUUCAAACAAAAGUAUACACCACACACACAUGGUUAUGGGCUUAACAAAAGAAGACACCUGUACAAUGCCAGAUAUAGAGUUGAAAUCUAUGCCAUUUUGAGUUUCCAUCCUAAUAUUACACUUUCUAUAUAUCACAGAAGACUGAAAUAUAACAAAACUGUUUGACAUAGAAACACCAGAUUUUCAUCCUCAUAAAAUGAACAACGUAUUAAUUAUGAAAUGAUUAAUAACAUUCCACCCAUGAGGCCAAAGAGGGCACUUUUGGUCAUUGACUGCAGGAAAGGGCUACAAAGCUUCUGCUCCACCAGCCUAUAUAGCUCAGGCAACAAGCUCCAGCUGCCAAUUACAUCUGUGGUAGUACAAGGCAACAAAGCAGGUCAGGCUCUGAUGCUGCGGGACAGCAAGGAUGAGAGGGUUCGCCAGCCAGAGAUCAAGGAGGUAUGACAGGCUCAGGAAGAAAGCAGGCAUGUCAGAGGGAGGUAUGAAAGGCUCAGGAAGAAAGCAGGCAUGUCAGAGGGAGGUAUGAAAAGCUGAGGAAGAAAGCAGGCAUGUCAGAGGGAGGUCUGAAAGGCUGAGGAAGAAAGCAGGCAUGUCAGAGGGAGGUAUGAAAGGCUGAGGAAGAAAGCAGGCAUGUCAGAGGGAGGUAUGAAAGGCUGAAGAAGAAAGCAGGCAUGUCAGAGGGAGGUAUGAAAGGCUGAGGAAGAAAACAGGUAUGUCAGGGGGUGGUAUGAAAGGCUGAGGAAGAAACCAGGCAUGUCAGAAGGAGGUAUGAAAGGCUGAGGAAGAAAACAGGUAUGUCAGGGGGUGGUAUGAAAGGAUAAGGACUUAACUAGGCAUGUCAGGGGGAGGUAUGAAAGGCUGAGGACUAAACCAGGCAUGUCAGAGGGAGGUAUGAAAAGCUGAGGAAUAAAGCAGGCAUGUCAGAAGGAGGUAUGAAAGGCUGAGGAAGAAAACAGGCAUGUCAGAAGGAGGUAUGAAAGGAUGAGGACUAAACCAGGCAUGUCAUGGGGAGGUAUGAAAGGCUGAGGAAGAAAGAAGGCAUGUCAGAGGGAGGUAUGAAAGGUUGAGGAAGAAUGCAAAACAUUUCUGUAGCAUUGAAGGUCUCCAAGAAGACAUUGGCCUCCAUCAUUCUUAAAUGGAAGAAGUUUGGAACCACAAAGACUCUUUCUGGAGCUGGCCGCCUGGCCAAACUGAGCAACUGGGAGAGAAGGGCCUUGGUGAGGGAGGUGACCAAGAACCCGGUGGUCAUUCUGACAGAGCUCCAGAGUUCUUCUGUGGAGAUGGGAGAACCUUCCAGAAGGACAACCAUCCCUGCAGACGGAAGCCACUCCUCAGUAAAAGGCACAUGAUAGCCCGCUUGGAAGAAGGAGUAGCGAUUACAGUGUCGUCCGGCUCAUAGAAGGCACAGGGUGGCGAGUACCUGUCAGGUGAGCCGACAGCGAUGUAUUUUAGAUAUUAUAGUUCCUCGCAGUCAACAUUUGCUAAAGAUAGUCCUCUAUCCAGCGCUUUUGGAAUUUUCCAGGCUGCCUGAAUGUCUAGGUUUUGUUAAGAUUACUUUUAGCAAGCUGGGCAGAGUGAAGAGACUAUAAAUGUUGAUCCAUUAUCAUUUCAACACAAUUUCGAUUUGGUUUGAGUCAUUUCACUGUCGUUUGAGAUAAAAAUAAUAAAAAUAAUCAGAAGAAUGAAAUGAAUUAUUCUGGGCCGGAUUGAAUGGGAUCGCGGGCCCAUAUCCAAUCGAUACUAGCCUAAACUAGACCUAGGAAAAACAAGAUUACAGUAGUUGCCUAAAGAAUGACUGUGACCUAAAGGGGUGAUGUUGAUGUCACCAGGAAUUAUGAAGUUCACACUGUACUCUAUAUCUGCGUUGUGCUCCUCAAACAAAGUCUGAUGUAGAGUUUAUACUAAUUCUUAUUUACAUAUGAUUUGGUUUUCCUCUACCUCAACAGGCACUAUUAUUGUCACUAUAUAUGACAGUUAGGAUAUCUCCUUAGUAGGGUUGCAAUAGUCCAUGAAUUUACAAUAAAUUACAUGGUUUUCCCAAAAUCCUGGUUGGAGGUUUCCCUGUGUCAGGAAGGAAUAAGCAGGAAUCCUGAAUCCUCAAACCAUGAUUUUUGGAUAACCAGGGAAUUUAUUGAAAGUUACUGGAAUUUUGCAACACUACUCAUUAGGUACCCAGCGGUGUAUCACAUUCCCACCAUAGUAAGUCUCAAUGCAUUGAAGUAUGCAUGUCACUGUGUAUUUAUUCCUUCUGUCACUAUGUCUAUUUUUGAUGUUUAACUCUGCAUUGUUGGAAAAGGACCCAUAAGUAAGCAUUUCACUGUUAGUCUACACCUGUUGUUCACGAAGCAUGUGACAAAUAAAAUAUGAUUAGAUGUUGACGAAGCCUCCUCUGUCUCUACCUUCAACUGCCAUGUUGUGGCGCCAAUACUCUUCCUCUAAAGUGGGAUUUCUUAUGGAUAGUGGAAUGGUCCAUCUAAACUGUUCACCGGUCUUCCUCAUUAAUGUGCAGAUAGGUAGAGAUGUUUAUAAAAACACUUUUAGCAUAUUCACUUUCGCUUAUAGAUUGUAUGUCUAAUUUCAAGAAUUCAAGGUUCAUUUGUUUCAUAAGGUUCAUUUAGGGGUACAUUCUUAGAGAACUGCUAAACAUUUUGCCCACAAUCAUAUGGAAAAAAGUGACAGUUCAAUAAAAAGUGUUUCUUUAUUAUUAAUGGGUGGUCCCGGGUUCAAUCCCCGGGACCACUCAUACGUAAAAAUGUAUGCACACAUGACUGUAAGUCGCUUUGGAUAAAAGCGUCUGCUAAAUGGCAAAUUAUAUUUUAUAGGGCUACAUUCUUGGAGAACUACUAUACAUUUUGCCAAAAAAAGUGACAGUUCAAUAAAAAGUGUUUCUUUAUUAUUAAAAACAAUGAGUUCAGCCUUUGAGCCUUCAUUAGGGCCAUGCACCUUGGUUGGACUGCAAAUAGCAACAAACUGUAUACUUCUAUUUUGCAUACUUUUAUUUUGCAUGUCGGUUAGAGUCAAAGUAAGUGAACACAUCUCAGUGAGCUGUUGUGUGCGAACCAUCCCUCAUGUUUGGCAUCAGCGGAGGGUUCUCAGGAUAUACACUGACUGGUAACAGUGAGUGAAGGGCUGACAUGGCUCGUCUGCCCUUUUUUAUGUGCACAUGAUCUGGCUCCUCUUAGCUGCCCAGGUGACGGUGAGCCAGCUGAACCUGGUGUCCCACAGUGUGGUGGCUGCUCCCUACCAGUGGGAGUACCCCUAAGUGCUCAGUAUCAUCCCCUCCCUCUUCAGCUUCAUGGCCCUGCCCAAAAACAACAUCAGCUACCUGGUGAUCUCCAUGAUCAGUGCUGGGUUCUUCUGCAUAGCGCCGCUCAUCUACGGGGGUGUGGAGAUGUUCCCGGUGGUGAAUCCAAUGUUUUUAGAUUUGUGGGUGAAGUAGUGAAGGACUGUACACUUCAGGAGGAAGGAGAUAUUACUGGGACGUACCCAUGACUAGGUCAGGGCAUGAUGUGGCCUUAAUGAGAGGAGCCUUCCUGAACUGUAAAGGAACAGGGAAAGGGUUAAGAGAAGGGAAGAGCAGUGGUCAGAUUGAGUCCAUAUGGUUGUGUGCUGGUGUCAAUGCACAUGUUCAUGUUGACAGUACUCAACAAUUCAAUUGUUUCUAAAUGACAUGUACAUUGAUAAAUAACAAUAAAAUGGGUAUGCUGCGGCAGCUUUGCAUCUAUUGUCUAUUUCAUUAAUUACAUUAAUUAAUCACAACAAUGUAAAGGCACCAUUUGUCAUCUCUGCAGUUGGGUUCAUCUUUCCUAUUAACAUGGUUCCUUUAGGAACAACUGCCUUUCAUUGGAACUGUUUACUCUCAGUAUACGAUGAGCUUUGUGUUACAUGCACCUCAGCAUAGUACCCAUGCUCUAGAACAGCCUUUCCCAUUUUGGUUUUUGUUCUAGCACUACAUAGCUGAUUCAAAUAACCAAACCUUGACGAUGAGUUGGUUGUUUGAAUUAACUGUGUAGUGCUAGUGCAAAAACCAAAACAUGCACCCAGGGAGGCCCCAGGACCGAGUUUGGGAAACCUUGUUCUAGAGAAGUCUACCCUCUAGUGCCCUCAAAUUCUAAUCCAGACCUCCAAGCCAGUUCCAUUGCUUUAGAAAAAAAAAUAUUCCCCUCUAAUCAGGAAAUCUAAUUACACCUGCUCUAGUGGAAAAAAGUUGUUCUGUUUACCAAAACAUGUACUGUUCCUUCCCAGCUGCAACCAAUAAUAUUUUGCAUAGAGAAGGGUAGUGCUAUUGGUUGGCUGGUCCUCACAGUAUCCAUCCAUGUGUAUUCUCUUUGUUCAUCCAGUCAUAUCUGAUCUAUUUUCAAAGAAUUUGUGUCAUUGUCUUUACUGAUCCUGUUGACAACAUAGGUUGUACCUACUUUCCCCUUAAUUUCAAUAGUAAAUGAUUAACUGGAACCUGCACGUCACUGCAGUCUCUGUAACAGGUGAAGAACAGAGCAGUAUAAGACCAACAGACGUCCUAAUAAUGUGCAGUCUGCUUACACUGCAUGCCUGGAAACAGCAGAGAUGAAGGAGCUAUGGAUUAUGGCUGUCUUUGCUACAGGUAAGACUAUAUUUGAUUUAUUCAGGGUGAUUUAAGAUGUUCAGAUGUACACUGAGUGUACAAAACAUUAAGAACACCUGCUCUUUCCAUGACAUACAGUGCUUUCGGAAAGUAUUCAGACCCCUUACGUUUUUCCACAUUUUGUUACAUUACAGCCUUAUUCUAAAAUCAAUUAAAUUGUUUUUGUUCUUCAUCAAUAUACACACAAUACCACAUAAUGACAAAGCAAAAACAGGUUUUUAGACAUUUUUGUUGAUUAAUAAAAAAUAAAAAACUGAAAUAUUAUUUUUACAUAAGUAUUCAGACCCUUUACUCAGUACUACAAGCUUGGCACACCUGUAUUUGGGGAGUUAUUCCAUUAUUCUCUGCAGAUCCUCACAAGUUCUGUCAAUUUGAAAGGGGAGCAUUUCUGUACAGCUAUUUUCAGGUCUCUCCAGAGAUGUUCGAUCGGGCUCAGUCCGGGCUCUGGCUGGGCCACUCAAGGAUAUUCAGAGACUUGUCCCAAAGCAACUCCUGCAUUGUCUUGACGUGUGCUUAGGGUCGUUAUCUGCUUGUAAGGUGAACCUUCACCCCAGUCUGAGGUCCUGAAUGCUCUGGAGCAAGUUAUCAUCAAGGAUCUCUCUGUACUUUGCUCCGUUCAUCUUUGCCUCGAUCCUGACUAGUCUCCCUGCCGCUGAAAAACUCACUAUUAGGAAGGUGUUCCUAAUGUUUGGUAAACUCAGUGUUGAUGCUGUUGUUAUGUUUUCUCGUAUGAUUGAGAAUUGUCUAGGAAAAUUGCUUUCACUUCAGAUGUGCAAAAAUGUAUGACGCAUUUAACUUAUCAAUUGAGUAUUACCAAUUUAUGACUUUACCGUUUUUACAGUUUGGUUUAUGAAUUUUAAAGUUUGGUUUAUAGACAAUGAUUGACUGAUGUUUUGUCUGUUUGCUGAGAGGGAUACAAUAACAUCAAUAAAGACAUUGUUUCAGAGUUUAUUUUUAUCCAAACACUAUUUAGAUUUACUGUUAAGCUGUUUACAUACUGUGAAUAGACUACUGUCAGGUCUCAGAUACAGUUGAUAACAGAGUAGCUUUUGCUAUCAAAUGUCUACCGUUUAUUGGCAGUGAUAAAGACUUCUUUCUCUCAUAAAGUACAGUAGAAAACAUUUCUACACUGGUGCAGAAACACAAUGAAACUGGAACAACAUGGAUCAUCUGCUAUGCUUAUAGCAAUUGACACUAUGUACCCUUGUUUAUGUGGUUUACUGAGGUAAAUAUUUUUUGGGGGGCAGUCUCUUUGCUACACAGGGAUCUCACCACAUCCUCUGCCGUUCCAACCAUCAAUGAAAAACUUGAACCAGCUACUGCUGCCCCUACCUCUACCCCUAUCACCAGUACCACUCUCCCCACCACCUCUACCCCUACCCCCCCCACCACCUCUCCCACCACCACUUCUCCCACCACCUCCUCUCCCACCACCACCUCUCCCACCACCACCUCUCCCACCACCACCUCUCCCACCACCUCUCCCACCACCACCACCACCACCUCUCCCACCACCACCUCUCCCACCACAACCCCUCCUCUGGUCUGUAUCAAUGGUGGUGAGCUGGAGAGUGGAGAUGAUGAGUGCUGUAUCUGUCCUGAUGAGUGGAUUGGAGAGACCUGUUCAGAGGGUAAAUCCACACACUUACACUAUACCUAACCCUGGAUCUCACAUUCACAGUACACACCACUACACUACUAUACCUAACCCUGGAUCUCACAUUCACAGUACAGACCACUACACUACUCUUAACCCUGGAUCUCACAUUCAGAGUCCACAACACUAGUCCUUGGAUCUCACAUUCAGAAUGGAUAUUUCAUGUUUAG